AUGUCCGACUUGGAAACUAAGCCCGCCGCAACUGCCGAUACCACCGAAGAGACGGCAGUAAAACCCGAUUCCACGAUGGCUGAGACCACCACGAAGGUAGCAGCGGUGAAUGACGCAGAUAUCCCAGCAGCAGAUGCCGACGUCAAGGAAGGCGACGCUCAAAAGCCAGCAGAAACAGAUGCUAAAAGCGAAGAAAAGAAACACGAGCCGCCCAAAGAUCCAAGACAAGAUCCAGUCGGCUGGAUUGGCUCGUUAUUCCCAGCUGCUGCGCAUAAGGUGAAUUAUCAGGUGCUGGAUUGGGUACAGCAAUUGGCUGUUGAAGAUGAAGAUAAACGGAAGACAUUACCAGGUAAAAACGACGCGGUAACAAAGAACCAGUUCCUUGGAUUUUUACGAGACGGUACCGUAUUAGCCAAAUUGGCCAACCGUUUACAGCCGGGUGCCAUUGAAACGGUGCAUGAAGGCGAGGAUGCUAAAGAUAAAGCGAAACAAGCCUCAAAUAUCAAUGCAUUCAUUUCAUUCGCUAAAGAGAAAGCUGGAUUGACCGAUGAUCAAGUAUUCUCGAUAGAAGAUCUACAUAGCAAGGGCAAGGCUGGAUAUCAAUCCGUAUUCAACACUCUCAUGCAGUUGGGCAUGAACGCGCAGGAGAAGUUUGAGCAGAAGGGCGUAGACACUGAUCAGCUGAUGCAAGUAGCCUCGCAAACCGUACAAACGAAUAUCGUUCAAAACAUCCUCAACUUCUUCAGACGUGCACGACGAACUCAGUCUCCAAAGCAAUUAGCAAAGGAAGCUGAAGAGAAAGAAAAGGCGGAAAAGGUUGCAUCGGCCGAGAAGGUUCGCUUUUCAUUUAUCUAA